UCAUCAUGAAGUUCCUGGUGGUGCUGGUGGGAGCCGGGGCUCUAGCCUUCCUCGGCGCCGUCAUCUGCAUCGUCGCCAGCGUUUACCCGCGGAAACGGGGCGCGCCUCCGGGCGACAACGGCACCCUGACGUCCGAGGCGCUGCUGCAGCUGGAGCCCGGGUCGGUGGCGCACGCCGGCCCGCUGGGCGCACUCCACGGCGCGGGCUCGUACGAGGUCGGAGGCAACGGGCUCGACCUGGAGGUCCCGGCUCUGAACGAGCUCAACCUUGGGAAGGAGACGGGAGGAGGAGGCUCGAAGCAGUUCAGCUUCAGCAGACUCAUCUGCACCCCUGUACCUGUUGGGGAGUGCAGGAGCAAAGAUGUGAGGCAGCAGGAGGAGCAGGAGCAGCAGGACGACGCGCUGUACGGAGCCGCGGGAGAUGAAGACCUCCGGACGACCGCGGAGGAGCUCCGGCAGAUGGUGCUGCGGCAGAACGACCAGAUCCUCAUGGACCAGAGGACCAUCCGGGAGCUGACGGGGAAGCUGAGUGAGUGCGAAAGCGGCCUGGAGGAUGACAGGACCGCCCCGGCGCGGAGCGUCGGAGUGUGGAGCGGGAACCGCCGCGUCAUGGCCGGGGACGACGUGAGCUCGUCCGCCGCGGCGCAGCUGCAGACCGCGCGGGCGGUGGAGGAGCUGGCCCGGGCCAUCAUGGACCUGAAGGACCGCAUAGAUAAACUCGAGGCGGAGAUCGGACCCGGAGCCUUGAACCUCACUGAUUCAUCUGCGGGUGCAAGUGGCAGCAGCAGCACGCAGACUGGAAACACUGGUAGGGCUCCAGCUCCGUCCGCCAGCAGUGGUUUCUCCCCGCCAACGGGUGCCGCCUCAGGGGGCCGUCGCCCUGCUUCUCUGGGCCCCCCUGGCUCCAGGCCGUCCUCUAAAGGUGCACCUGGGCGAGGAAAGAGCACCUGGAGGGUGGAGGAUCUGGAGGGGGAACUGGAGAGGAAGAUAAAAAUGCUGGAGAAGGAGCGUCAAGCCAUGAGGAAGGAGACGCACGGCCAGCAUGAGAAGAUCAACAAUGGCAUUGACACGGUUACACACCGGAUCACGGAGCUGGAGCACACGAUGACAGAGCCGCCAUUCCCCGAUGGCUUCGUUCUCUCCUUCCCCAUGCGAACCAGCUACAUGUACGGCCUGGUGAGAAAAGAGAUUACUGAAAUGUACGCCUUCACUGCCUGCGUGUGGCUCAAGACCAAGGAAGGAGGCAUCGGGACCCCUUUCUCCUACUCCGUGCCAGGUCAGCCCAAUGAGCUGGUGCUGCUGCAGGGAGUCCACAAUCCUGUGGAGCUGCUCAUCAAUGACAAGGUGGCACAGCUGCCUCUGUCCCUACCGCAAGACGAUUGGCAGCACAUCUGCAUCAGCUGGACCCUGAGGGAUGGCGUGUGGAAGGCCUACCAGGGGGGGAAGAUGAAGGGAAGGGGUGAGGGUCUGGCUGCUUGGCAUCCCAUAAAACCUGGGGGAGUCCUCAUACUAGGACAGGAACAGGAUACACUUGGCGGGCGUUUUGACGCCUCCCAGGCCCUGGUUGGGGAGCUUUCCCAGUUCAACCUGUGGGACCGGGUACUGAAGCCCGCAGAGGUGGCCGCCCUUGCGGACUGCAGCUCCUCAGCACUGGGUAACAUCGCCCCGUGGACCGACCAGGAUGUAGAUGUUUAUGGCGGUGCCACCAAGGAGUCCCUGGACCCCUGCCACGCCGCCCAGAGACUGAACCCUUCAAGCCCCAAGCAGUGAAGGGUGACCAGAGGAAAUCGGCCAAUGGCGGUCAUGUUUGAUUGGUCAACUUGGAGUUGGUUAGGAUGUUCAAAGCUGCGUUAAACUGGAGCUUAGAGUGUGCAUUUGCUUUCGAGAGGCUAGUAGCAUCCCAGUGGACUAAGAGAUAGUGCAAUGAAGUUGUAAAGAGUUGCGUAUCAGUUUUGUUCUUUGUGUUGGUGUACACGCUCAUGUGUUUACUUCUGCAGUGAGUGACUUAGUUACAGAAUCACCUUUUCGACGGCAGCGAGGUGGUUCAAAUUCUGGCAUAAACCGCUUUAAUGGACACGCUACAUUAUAGAGAAACGAUUAGAUCAGAUAAAAACGUACCGUCGUUUUACUUUGGUAGGACGAGUUGGACCGUUCAACCUUACAGAAUCACCAAGGCGAAGGGUUUAAUGGGUUUGUGUAUGAUUAUGUAAGGAAUCUGCAUUGAUG